CAGACUGCGCCAGCCUUGAUCCCAGGAGGACGCCAGCACCAGCCCUGUGGUGGGAACCUCGCAGCAGACACAGUCUCCCCCGGCCCAGGACAGUGGGGCCAUGGGCUUUGGCCCAGAGCUGUGGAGCCCGCAAGGGCACAGCGCGCUGCUGCGGCUGCAGGACGGGGAGCUGCGGCUGCUGGAGCUGAUGAAGAAGUGGAUGUCACAGCGUGCCAAGAGCGACCGGGAGUAUGCAGGGAUGCUACACCACAUGUUCUCACAGCUGGAGAAGCAAGAGGGCUAUGGGCAGCUCCGCACCGGCGACUACAGCAGCCAGAUCGGGGAGUCCUGGUGGGUGCUGGCGAACCGGACCGAGUUGUUGAGCCAGAUCCUGCGGCGACACGCUGAGGAGCUGAGCGCAGGGCCACUGGCCAAGCUGAGCCUUCUCAUCCGUGACAAGCAGCAGCUCCGCAAGGCCUUCAGCGAGCGGUGGCAGCAGCUCAGCCAGGAGUACACGCGGACCACGCAUCAGGAGAUGGAGAAGCUAAAGGCACAGUACCGCAGCCUGGCUCGUGACAGCGCCCAGGCCAAGCGCAAGUACCAGGAGGCCAGCAAAGACAAGGAGCGGGACAAGGCGAAGGAGAAGUAUGUGCGCAGCCUUUGGAAGCUCUAUGCCCUGCACAACCAGUAUGUGCUUGCUGUGCAGGCAGCCGCGCUCCACCACCACCACCACUACCAACGGGCACUGCCUACCCUCCACCAGUCCCUCUACAGCCUGCAGCAGGAGAUGGUCCUCAUCCUGAAGGAGAUCCUCGAGGAGUACUACAGCAUCAGCAGCCUGGUGCAGGAGGAUGUGCUAGCCCUGCAUGAGGAAAUUGCCAGUGCCAUCCAGGCCAUCAACCCGGCCACCGAGUACAGUGGCUUCAUCCAGAGCCACAGGUACAGCUCCGAGGUACCACCGGCUGUGUCGUUUGACGAGAGCUUGCUGGAGGAGACGGAGAGCCUGGAGCCAGGGCAGCUGCAGCUGAACGAACUGACUGUCGAGAGCGUCCAGCACUCCCUGACGUCCAUCGAAGAGGAGCUGUCAGCCGCCACCGAGGCCGUGAACAGCAAGGAGCAGCGGGUACGGGAGCUGCAGGCGGAGAUCCGGAGCGAGGAGCAGGGCCGGAGCCCCGGGGAGCGACUGCACUUGCUGGGCAAGCGUCAGGAGCUGCAGGAGGCUCACCAGCAACUGGAGAGCUGCCUCUGUGCUCAGGACAAGCUGCGGGCACAGCGGGACCUGCUGGCCGGGAAGCUGGGAGAGCUAGGGGCUGGGGAACCCCUGCCCACCCUACCUCUGCUUGAGGACCGGCAGUCUGUGUCCUCCACGGAGCAGGAGCGGAGUGGGCCCACUGCACUGGAGACCCUCAAGAACCACAUCUCGGGCAUCUUCAGCCCCAAGUUCUCACCCGUCUCCAUCCAGCUGCCACCGCCCGUGCCCCUGAUCCCGGAGGUGCAGAAGCCGCUGUGCCAGCAGGUCUGGUACCACGGGGCCAUCCCGCGCUCGGAGGUGCAGGAGCUGCUGAGCUGCAAUGGGGAUUUCUUGGUGCGGGAGAGCCAGGGCAAGCAGGAGUAUGUGCUCAGCGUGCUGUGGGAUGGGCAGCCCCGCCACUUCAUCAUCCAAGCUGCCGACGGCAUGUACCGGCUGGAGGGGGAAGGCUUGCCCACCAUCCCACUGCUCGUGGAGCACCUCCUGCAGAACCAGCAGCCCAUCACCCGCAAGAGUGGCAUUGUCCUGGCUCGGGCUGUGCCCAAGGACAAAUGGGUGCUCAACCAUGAGGAUGUGCUGCUGGGGGAGCGCAUUGGCCGGGGUAACUUUGGGGAGGUGUUCAGUGGCCGCCUGCGUGCUGACAACACCCCUGUGGCUGUGAAAUCCUGCCGGGAAACCCUUGCACCUGAACUCAAGGCCAAGUUCCUGCAGGAAGCCAGGAUCCUCAAGCAGUACAACCACCCAAAUAUUGUCCGACUGAUUGGCGUCUGCACCCAGAAGCAGCCCAUCUACAUUGUCAUGGAGCUGGUGCAGGGGGGCGACUUCCUCAGCUUCCUGCGCUGUGAGGGGCCCCAUCUGCGGGUGAAGGAGCUGAUCAAGAUGACAGAGAAUGCUGCUGCCGGCAUGGAGUACCUGGAGAGCAAGCACUGCAUCCACAGGGACCUGGCUGCUCGUAACUGCCUGGUGACGGAGAAGAAUGUCCUGAAGAUCAGUGACUUUGGGAUGUCACGGGAAGAGGAGGAUGGCAUCUAUGCCUCCACUGGGGGCAUGAAGCAGAUCCCUGUCAAGUGGACUGCCCCUGAAGCACUCAAUUAUGGCCGUUACAGCUCCGAGAGUGAUGUCUGGAGCUUCGGGAUCCUGCUGUGGGAAGCUUUCAGCCUGGGUGGUGUCCCCUACGCCAACCUCAGCAACCAGCAGACACGGGAGGCGGUGGAGCAGGGCGUGCGGCUGGACCCCCCUGAGCAGUGCCCUGAGGAGGUGUACCGGCUGAUGCAGCGGUGCUGGGAGUACGACCCCCGCAAGCGGCCCAGCUUCGGCACCAUUCACCAGGACCUCACCGCCAUCCGCAAGAGGCACCGGUGAGGGUGGGCGGCAGGCUGAGCUCAGGGGUAGCUCCGCAAGCCCCGGAUCCCUCCCGGCGUCUGUCACUGUCCCAGGGCCUGUGGGGCGGCCGGGUACAGCUGUGCCCCCUCACCCCCCCACCCCCGUCCUACUUCGCUUAAGUCCCCUGCACGCCCCGGGGACGCAGCACCCGCAGCUCCUGCCGGGCUUUGUCCUGUGUAAUAAAGAAAUGAGCUUUGCAGCACCGUGUCUGUGGGGCAAAGGGGGCACAGACCCCGGGUGGGCCAGAGGGACAAUGCACCCGUCCUGCACCAGAA